CCGCGGGGCCCAAGCCCGGCCCGGAGCGGCGGCCGCGGGGGAUGGAGCCGUUCCUGGGCUGCACCGGCGCCGCGCUCCUGCUCUGCUUCAGCUACGCCGGUCUGCGCCCGGUGGAGGCAGACAGCCCAUCAGCUCCAGUAAAUGUCACAGUCAAGCACCUGAAAGCCAACUCAGCCGUUGUGACGUGGGAUGUUCUGGAAGAUGAAGUUGUCAUUGGAUUUGCAAUUUCCCAGCAGAAGAAGGACGUGCGGAUGCUGCGCUUCAUCCAGGAGGUGAACACCACCACCCGCUCCUGUGCCCUCUGGGACCUAGAGGAGGACACCGAGUACAUUGUGCAUGUCCAGGCCAUCAGCAUCCAAGGCCAGAGCCCUGCCAGUGAGCCAGUCCUCUUCAAGACCCCCAGGGAAGCUGAGAAACUAGCCUCUAAAAAUAAAGAUGAGGUGACAAUGAAGGAGAUGGCAAAGAAAAACCAGCAGCUGCGAGCAGGGGAAGUUCUCAUCAUUGUGGUGGUGCUGUUUAUGUGGGCAGGGGUGAUCGCCCUGUUUUGCAGACAGUACGAUAUCAUCAAAGACAAUGAGCCAAAUAACAGCAAGGAGAAGGUGAAGAACGCCUCAGAGAACAGCACCCCCGAGCACCAGAGCGGAGGGCUCCUGCGCAGCAAGUUUCCAAAAAACAAGCCCUCAGUGAAUAUCAUUGAAGCAUGACAGCCUACCAUCUGAUAGAUGGACUCCAUUCCUCACUCUCACUUCCUGCCUCUGAGCCUUGAUGACUAGGGAGGUGAAACAUCAUUGGAGCAACAUGGAGAGAGACCUUAGUGACUGUCACUUGCUGGCAUACACCUCCUUGUCUCUGUUCUGCAAAACAUCUGGCCAGAAAGAAAAAAAUCAUGGGGGAAAAAAAAAAACAACCCACAACCAAAAACCUGAAACCCCAAAAUUAAGAUGGAAAAGCAUCAGCGAGACAACUGCUGCCAGUGAUCCCACCCGGAGUCAUGAAUCACCUGGGCCGGACAACUCACGCACGUCUCUCCACCCUCACACUCCAUCUUCUGGAAGAGUGUUCUUGUCUUUGGAAGUACAAGGGUUUGUUGUAUCUUUAUUUUGUCUCGCUGUCACUACACCUUGACAGCAUUGAGGGGAGCUCAGGCAUCAGUCACUGUCACGCCAAGCGAGAAAGAAGAAAAGCUCAUCACAGACACAAUGAGCAACCAGACUGCGGCUGCUGCGUGCUCUUGGCUUGCUUUGUUCCGUGGAUGUGUGUUGUGUAGCACGUCUUGCC